CUCGCGCGCACGUAGCGUCACUCCGCCGGAAAAGGUGGCUGGCUGGGGUAGAGUUGGCGCGAGAUAGAAAAGUGCUUUUUGGAGUCCCGGGCGGGCGCGAGCGAGCUUGCUUGCGGUUCCAGUAGCCUAGCGCUGUUCCCUAUUCAUGGGGGUCUUUUAGCAGCAGCCCUCCUCGGCUUAGCAGUGACGGUGGCCGCUGGUUCUCCUCUUCUAAGAUUUGGUAGCCUCUCUGUUUUUUAUAGGGUUUUAAAAGAAAUUAUUAUUCCUUUGGCUGAUUUAUGGUUUGAAUGCAAGGAAAGGCAGGAUGUCUCGCAGGGUUCGCUGUGAAGAGCAAGAUCAACUGCCUUACCAGGAUUCAGAUGCACCAGAACGACGGGAUAACAGAUUCAAAGUCAAGUGGUCACGUGAAGAGGAUGAACUGUUGAAUUCACUGGUGACGCAGUUUGGACACGACUGGAAGUUCCUAGCAAGUCACUUUCCUAACCGCACUGAACAGCAGUGUCAAUAUCGCUGGCUACGGGUGCUAAACCCUGUCCUGGUGAAAGGUCCUUGGACUAAACAAGAGGAUCAAAAGGUCACUGAAUUGGUGAAAAAAUAUGGCACAAAGCAAUGGACCCUGAUAGCCAAGCACUUGAAAGGCAGACUAGGAAAGCAGUGUCGGGAACGCUGGCAUAACCAUCUGAACCCAGAGGUGAAAAAGUCAUCGUGGACAGAGGAAGAAGACCGUAUAAUUUGUGAGGCUCACAAGGUUCUGGGGAACCGAUGGGCUGAGAUUGCUAAGUUGCUCCCUGGGAGGACUGACAAUGCUGUAAAAAACCACUGGAAUUCUACGAUCAAAAGGAAGGUAGAGACAGGAGGCUUUCUUAGUGAAACAAAAGAAUCCAAGCCCCUCUAUCUCCUGGUGGAGGUGGAAGGCAAGGAAAGCCAAAAUGUACAGGAAGCCGAAAGCCAGCAAACCUUUUUAACAAACUGGCCUGUUCAGACUUUGGAAAUAAAGCAGGAGGUAGCCACUGAUGACGAACAAGAUGGCUUGCAAAAACUGCCUCCUGAGCAACUCCCUGAAAGCCUGGCAGAGGACAGUAUCAAAGGAGCAUCAGAAAACACAGCACCUGACAGUACCUUGGAGGAAGGCUCCUCUCAGUACACAUGGGUGGUUGAAGCAGGCAGUUAUUUGUGUACCUCUGCAGUCCCAGCUAUUACAGAAGCUCUGGACAUGAUUGAAUCUGACCCAGAUGGUUGGUGUGAUCUAUCUCAGUUUGACCUGCCUGAUGAUCUGUCUGCAAGUAACAGCAACAGCCCAGAUAGGCAGACAUCCAUCAAGCCCUACUCCUCGCAGAACAUGACAGAGUACCGAUUGGACGGCCACACCAUUUCGGAUCUGAGCAAAGGCAGCAAGGGCGAGCUCAUCCCCAUCUCCCCUUGCACGGACGUGAGCUUCGGCACACCACCUUCUGUUCUGAAGCGGCAGAAGAAGAGGAAAGUCGCGCUCUCACCAGUUUCAGAAGGGGGCACCAGCUCCAGCCUCUCUUUUCAGGACUCCUGUAACAGCAUGACGCCAAAGAGCACCCCUGUCAAGACACUGCCAUUCUCCCCCUCCCAGUUCCUGAAUUUCUGGACCAAACAAGACACUCUUGACCUUGAGAACCCCUCCUUAACUUCCACACCAGUGUGCAGCCAGAAAGUGAUAGUGACUACCCCACUACACAGAGACAAGACGCCGUUGCUGCAGAAAAACUCGGUAUUUGUGACACCUGAUCAGAAGUACAUGGCAGACAACACACCUCACACACCUACGCCUUUCAAGAAUGCUCUGGAGAAGUACGGACCAAUGAGGCCUUUGCCUCAAACACCUAAUCUGGAAGAGGAUUUGAAAGAAGUACUGCGGAGUGAGGCUGGUAUUGAGUUGAUCAUAGAAGAUGAUGUGAAACCAGAGAGACAGAAGAGAAAACAGGGUCUGCACAGGAGUCCCAUUAAGAAGGUCAGGAAAUCCCUAGCCUUAGACAUUGUGGAUGAAGACUUGAAGCUGACGGUUUCCACCACAGCCAAACCUGUUUGCUUCAAAAGAUCUCAGUCCCUAAACCUUUCUUUGUCAAGCAGCAAGAAUGAUAACAGCUUGCUCAACAGAGGGUUUGUACACAUGAAGGCAGAGAAGACAACAUCUUCCAAAAGAAUCCAAAGCAAAUGUAGACCACCUGCUCUGAUGUCCAGUGCUUGGAAAACAGUGGCUUGCGGUGGGUCUAAAGAUCAGCUGAUCAUGCAAGACAAAGCUCGACAGGUGUUGGGCACCAACAUAGGAUUACUCUCUUCUAUUCUCUCCCAGCCUUUUCUUUGUGACCCCUGAGCUCUGCCAUAGAUGUCCUUGUUUUGAUCAAUUGCUCUAAAUUCCGGGUUCUAUACACAGCAUAGAAAAUGAUGUAAAGAAAAUCUCCUGUACUUGGGCAACAGCCCUGCAUUACUUGAACUGAGACAUUCGUAUUUCCCUUGACAGCCCUUCCCUACCUUCCUCUUUAUUUCCAUAAAAAGAAAUUGACAGCCUUUUCCCUCAGUUGAUCUGCAAGAGGGACAUAAGAGAAGAGAAUCAACUUAUGGUGAAGAGAAAGCCUUGGACUUGGAUUUGGUUUUGCCUCGCUUGGGAACCUUCAUGUGUAAUUAUGUAAAAGUCUGCCCGUUCCACUGGGCUCUUCCAGAGAUUUUGUCUGAUGGUAACAAGCAACUGGAUUGUGAUAGAAGUCAGAAGAAUAACUGUUAUCAGUUGGAAGUGUCUGCAAUCUGCUCUUUAGCUUGAACCAGUGGAGACUGGUGACUCCGAUGUCGAUGGGCCAGUAAAUCUGCCCCAGGUUUUAGUCUGAACUUUCAAGGAGCUGUCCAAGGUGCUUUGAAAGUUUGGACUAAAGCCCAGAGUGGAUUCACUGCCCCACUGACAUUGGAGCCACCAGCCUCGACUGGACUGAACACAUUUUGCAAGCUGUGGUGUGGUCUGUUGCACUAUGUAAAGGACGGCAUCAAAACCUCUUUUUCAGAGCAUUGCUGUCUAAGAACAAUAAAAUCACUGCCUCUAAAGAUAUA